GGCCGGCUCAUGCUCUUCUCUCCUCCCCCUCCGGGACUUCCGCUUCCGGUUCUGACGGACGUUUCGGCCGUAACGAUGAUCGGGGACAUCCUGCUGUUUGGGACGCUGCUGAUGAACGCAGGGGCAGUACUCAACUUUAAGCUGAAAAAGAAGGACACGCAGGGCUUUGGGGAAGAGUCAAGGGAGCCCAGCACAGGUGACAACAUCCGGGAGUUCUUACUGAGCCUCAGAUACUUCCGGAUCUUCAUCGCCCUGUGGAAUGUCUUCAUGAUGUUCUGCAUGAUCGUGCUGUUUGGCUCCUGAGCCCCAGAUACACACCUUCCUGGGAACCAGGAACCAGGAACCACCUUCCCAGAUGCCGAGUCUCCCUUUCUCCGUUCCUGACGACUUCAAGAAUGGUUUUGACUGGAAAACAAGCGACCUUCCCAGAAAGCCCAAGUUUUUGGUGGGUGGAAAAAAUGUUCGCCAAGCUGCACACGGCUUCCCAGCCACGUCAUUGUUUUCUUUUCAAAGAUACUUUCGUAUUGGUUUCUGCGUUGAAAUGCUGUCUACUUAAGGAGUUUUAGGAGGGUUUAUGGAAGGGAUGUGAUAACAUUGCAUUCCCCGCAGAUAAAAGAACGUUGUGUAGAUUGUUUUUUUAGAUUGGAAUUCCUCUUCUAGCAAGCUUCUACUAGAAACUCGUUUCUGGAUAUUUCUUGGUUUAUUUUUAAUAACCCUCCUUUUUGGUUCAAAUAUUACCGAUUUUUCAAAAUAAUUUUUAUCCAGGGAUCUGAAACAGAAAGGUGCGCUUUUAAGAUUGAUAUAGCCUCUUUAUUGGACUGUGUUUAGAAAUAACAAGUUCAUUGUUGCUGGGCCUGUGUCCAAAUUCCUUUCCUGUCUCGAUGGGCUCUGCUCGGCCACUCGGUGCCUCUGAGGUCAUCCCCAGGACUUUAAGGGUGAAGCCUUACUGAUUGCCGUGGCAGAGGGGUACAGAACAGUUGGCAAGGGCAGAUGUGGGUGUUAUGAGAAAUUUUGCCCUGUCUUGCAGCCUUCUGUUAAAGUAACCCUGGGGGCCAUUAAAUGUAUAGUUUCAAGAAUGAGAGUGACUUACAUGGUGAUACUGGGACCCAGUUCUGAAAGCUUGGAAUUUUGGGUCUUCUUUUCAAGUGGGUGAUUUCAAGGUUGAAAAGCAGUGAGCCUCAUUCAAGGAAAUACAGCAUUUUGCAUAGAAUCUUCUUUGAAAGGCAGGUCCUUUAUCGCCAAAAUGAAAUGCCAGUGGUCGACACCCAGGUCCUACAGGUGUUUGAUCUGUUAGUUGUGGGUUUUGAAUUCCUGAUUUGGAGGUAAACCUGGUGGGAGGAAAAAGUAAAUAUGCAGACUUUUCAGAACUAAGUAGCACUGAAAAUAAAGCUCAUUUCUAAAAAGGA